UGACGUCGACUGUUUUGGGUUUAAUGGCGGGAUAUAGAGGUUGCGAUUGAUUGUUCUUCGGAUCGGGUAGCGACAGUUCUGUCAACAGACCUCUUGCUAAUUCUGCGUUUAACAGCUUUAGCUUGAAUAUCUCAGGUUUGGUUGAGGUCAGCGACUAAUCAGACAGUGCCAGUCUCUGCUGUCCAACUCAAGCUAAUAAGUAGCCACCCUGCUUUAAGAGCGGAAACUUGGGCGUAAAAGGUCAUAGAAAGUUUUAUGGAGAAAUCACUGGUAAACGAUAACCCGUUGCUUUUACCUCUCAACAAGCAGCAGACAAUCUACGAUGGAUUUAUCACUGUUCAGGAAAGAGACUUCAGGAUGAGAAUAGUACUCCCACCAGAUCGACAGCUCAAGGAGGCCAAGCUGCACUGCUGCUGGCAGUUGAAGCACCUGUUGCGUGGAUAUGAGCACAUAGUGAAGCAGAGGCUGCAGCAGUCGGCUGAUCUUGUCGGUUUCAUUCUGGAGCUGAAGACUGUCUUGGAAGUGGUGCUGAAGAGCCACCCCGAGUGCCGCUCCAUCCCGCCUCCACAGUAUUACUCUCAGCUCAUCUCUGAGAUGGAGACCCUCGGGUGGGACAAGCUGCUCUUCAUCGACACAGAGUUCCGAAUGUUGAGACUGAAAGCGGAGGACUCCGCUGGAAGGCAGCACAUCCUCACUGUUAAACUCAAGUCUAAGCAUCCUGCAGAGGCUCCUGAAUGCUCAGCUGACCUGCCUGUGCCACUAGCUAUAAACUGGACAGCACAGAGCACUCUGGAGCAGCUCCACAGCCAGUUCCUGCUGGUUUUGGAGUCCCUGACAGAGUUCUGGGACGUUCUGGAUGAGAUUGAUAGCAAGACCUGUAUUCUGGAACCGGAAAAACCAUGUCGUUCAGACACCACGAGGCGGAUCGCCAUUGGAAACAACGUCUCCAUCAAAGUAGAGGUGGAUCCCAGUCACCCAAAGAUGCUCCCAGAAUGCUGCCUGCUGGGAGCAGAGCAUGUGGUGACUCCGCUGAGGAAUAAGCUGAACGCUAACAUGCACUUGUGGAACCCGGACUCCAGCGUCUUGCACAACCUCCGGGAUGUUUUGGAGAUCGAAUUCCCAUCACCUGCCACCCACGAAAAAUCUAGUUUCAACCUUGAGUGUGGCAUCUGCUAUUCAUAUCGACUUGAAGCUGCCAUCCCUGAUCAGGUGUGUAAUGACCCUCGCUGUGGGCAGCCCUUCCACCAGACUUGUCUUUAUGAGGAGACUAUAGACUGUGUAUAUAAAGAUGUCUGACAUGACAACGGCCCAGAUGUGAAGCCACAGUGUUAUGACUUAUUACGGAAAUGGUUUUUAUAUAUAUCUGACAUAUCUUGAUGUACAAAUAUUCAAUUUGAAUAUCUUUGCUGACAUACAGUAUGUGAUUUCUCAAGAAUAAAAUGACACAACAGCGGUCAGUGGAAACCCAAACUAUCAAAAGUCCUUUUUUUUUCCUUUGAGCAAUGUAUAUAUUCAUAGAAGCUACUUUGGGUUGUUUCCUUAUUCAGAAAGGGUCACCACAGCAAAAGUAGGUUUGUCAGAUUUUGAAACACCUGAUGGUCUUCCUGAUGCAAAGGGAUUUGGGUUUUCUCUUUUGUUUGUUAGGUGAACGUGGAAACCACCACACUGUAUAAUUAUGACUUUUGAAAAAGCAUGUGUGGCUGUAUGUGGGUAAAAAACUGAGCAUGAACUCACUGCUCAGGGUGUUUGCGUUCAUAUGACAUGUGCCCAACAACUAGACUGUCACAUCACCCAUAUUAUAAUCUCAGAAAGUUUAAGAUUUACCCCAGACUACUUCAAAGCUACAAAAUGACCAAAUGACUGUGAUCUGGUUAUAAUAAUUAAAAAAGUCCCUCCGUACCAUCAGUGUGCCUCUGGGACACAAUUCUCCAUUUAUUGACUUGAGUUUAAAGUGCUCCCUCAUCAAACACUGUAAGGGUUCCUCCUGAGGAGUGGACACAGUUGUAAACAUCCAUUUUAUUUAUUUAUUUGCUUAAAUGAACAAAGUUUUGCGCAUUACAUUUGCCGUUUUCACUCAGUCAUAAUACAAAGCCUUAUCCUGUUGCCUUCAGAGAGCUGCAUGUGGUCAGCGCACUGCAAGUACAGUGUGUUCAUUUGUCUAAAUACGCACAUGAAUACAGGUUAUUCCUUCCUGUUUCCCCUCUGAGGACAUACAUAUUGUAAAGUGUUUCUAAACAGCAUUUUAUUUAAUCAGGCAUAGAAGAUUUGCGUUCAUUAGCCAUGAGUGUUUUAGCGUUUCAACAGGUGGGCUGCUCAAGGUGAGUGACAGUCAGAUAUGAUCAAAGGUAGAACUGGACCAGUGCAGCCUUGCAACACACAGGAAAUGAGCACAGAUGACUAUGUUUGGACUCUGUCCUCAGUGACACGCUGCUGCAUGGCCAGAUAUCUUUGAAGCUCAGAAACAAAUCGCAGGAUGCUAAUCGACUUUAAAAAAAAAAAAAAAAAAAA